UGCUGCGAUCUCCACGCAGCCCCUCCCGUGGUCUGGGGGCACGCAGGUAGGCGUGGGGGGGUGCCCGAAGCCCCGAGAAACAAAGUCGUGCUGCCGGCGCUGGAGUGGCUGGAUGCGCAUAGUCCGAGAUUGAUCUUCUAAUGUAAACUGAUUCCCUCUCUGAAGCCUGCUAAGUACAUUGUUACAGGUCUUCUUGCUACCAGGUCUCUGGAUGGCAAACUCUGAAAAGAAAUGCUGGUUUGAGAGUGUAAGGGAAGAUGGUGCUGCUAUGUUCAUGUGCUUACGGACAGUAAUCAAGAAAAUGGAGCCACUCUGUUAUCAGAGGUGCAUGCUUUUGGGAUGAGAGGAAUUGCACACAAAUUACAGUGCAGGACCAUUCAGUGCCAUUCAAUAAUUGGAGCUUUUUUUAGGCAAUGACAAUUGGUCAGAACCUGGAACAGGUUGCCUAGAGAGACUGUGGAGUACUCAUUCCUGGAUCUGUUUGAGUGAAGCGGGACUGUGCCGAAGGACACCAAAGAUGCUAACCAGAAAGAUUAAGCUCUGGGACAUUAAUGCCCAUAUAACCUGUCGUCUGUGCAAUGGAUACCUGAUUGAUGCUACCACUGUAACAGAAUGCUUACAUACAUUCUGUAGAAGCUGCCUGGUAAAAUAUUUGGAAGAAAACAACACCUGUCCAACAUGUAGAAUUGUUAUACAUCAGAGCCACCCUUUGCAGUAUAUUGGUCAUGACAGAACAAUGCAAGAUAUUGUUUACAAACUUGUGCCAGGCCUCCAAGAAGCGGAAAUGAAAAAGCAAAGGGAAUUUUAUCACAAACUGGGCAUGGAAGUUCCAGGAGACAUCAAAGGGGAGACAUGUUCUGCAAAGCAGCAUCUGGAUUCUCAUCGAAAUGGUGAAACUAAAACAGAUGAAAAUUCAAACAAAGAAACUUCAGAGGAAAAACAGGAAGAAGAUAAUGACUACCACCGAAGUGAUGAACAGGUAAGCAUCUGCUUGGAAUGCAACAGCAGCAAACUGCGUGGAUUAAAACGAAAAUGGAUUCGCUGUUCAGCACAAGCAACAGUCCUGCAUCUAAAGAAGUUCAUUGCCAAAAAACUAAACCUUUCUUCUUUUAAUGAGCUGGACAUAUUAUGCAAUGAAGAGAUUCUUGGCAAGGACCACACGCUCAAGUUUGUAGUUGUUACAAGAUGGAGAUUUAAGAAAGCACCUCUACUGCUACAUUACAGACCCAAAAUGGACUUGCUGUAAGAGAACUUUAUUGUCCUUCUGGACAGAGCUUUUUGCAGAGACUAUCAUCUGGCACCUUCUUAGUGCAUCACUAAUCACAUGAUAUGAAUCAGACGAAUAAUUUUGGAAGACUGUAGUGCUUUCAUAGCUGACUGUCCUUCUGAAUAUUUCUCCUGGGGAUGUGUUAUCUGGAUUUCUGGACAGAAAAUAUUUAUACUUAUUUUAUAUGAAAGAAAUCAAAACUCAACAAGACACUACCAGCACUAGGUUUACAGAUAUUGAAAACACUUCACAGUUCCAUGUAGCUCAGCCUGACUCUUACAGUUACACAGAAAUAAGUUAGAAUGUUGUGGGGUGAUUUUAAAAAUGUUGCUUUUGACACCAAGUUGCAUUUAGUUACUUUUCACAUUCUGAAUAUUUAAAAAUAUAUUUUUGCAAAGUGUUCUUGUCUUAUAUAGUAUGCCUGAUUGCAUUGGCUUUAAUCAAGUUCUGUAGGUCAUUGAACAUAACUAAUGAUAUAGUGACUGGUGAUAUUUAUUAUGCUGCAUUGAAAACUUUUGAAAAUCUGGGAAAACAAUGGGUUUAUUUGUUGGUUUUAUCCAGUUGUUGCUCUCUCUCAGUUUCUGUUUUAGUAAAGUUUUAAUGCCCUUUUUGCAUGGUGAUUUGGUAAGAUUAAUUGUAAUCUCUGCAGCUGAUUUUAAUGUGCCCUGAUAUUUUGCUGUGGCAUAUAUUGCACCACAUAAUGAUAAAUACUCAAAAGUGCUAGAUUUAUGAACUUUAAAUAUAUAUAUAUAUAUAUAUAUUAUAUAUAUAAUAUAUAUAUAUAUAUAUAAACAUUUCUUAUGUAGCUAUGGCUUGCAGAAAUCAGUUUUUACUGUAAAGAGAAUUUAUUCUCUCUGGCUAAUGAAACACUGGCUCUUGGACAACAUUGGGUGAUACUGCA